CGUCGGAGUCUGUAGACAAGCUCAUUGACCAGAACGCAUGGUGGGGACUCCAUACCAGUACUUAUUUGAAUGUCAUUGUCAUCGGUUCAGUUCCUGCUUUCACUCAUAUCCAUUGCUUGCUGUAGACCUCUUUCAUGCGACUUUGAGCCUCUCAUUGGAGAUGACACCAAUUUCUGCAGUACUGAUCUUCAUGUUAUAUACCCCAAGAUGGGUGAUGCCUCCUGUAUUUAUAUACCAAACUGCUUUAACUAUGCUAUUAGCUUGACCCAAGUCUGGGGACCUCCGUGGAUCAAAUAUGACAAUGCCAUGGCAGAAAGGAUGUAUACCCUGAUUAUGGUGGAUCCAGACGUUCCAAGCAGAUUCAAGCCAAGAUACAGAUUCUGGCGACACUGGCUAGUCACUGAUAUACCAGGUUAUGUUCUCCUGAGAGGGGAAGAUGUAUCCGGAAAUGUUGUAUCAUCUUACCAUCGACCAAAUGUACCAGCACAAACAGGAUAUCACAGAUACCAGUUCCUGCUCUACAUGCAAAAUCCAGAAUAUUCUCCAUCCCUCCUUGAUGGCCAGGCGCCUCGUGCAAGUUGGGAUGUUACUGAAUUUGUCCAACGGUCCGCCUUGGGUGAUCCUGUGGCCACUUCACAGUUCAUGAUCAUUCACCCCCUCCAGUAG